GCUACAUUUGGAGUUUUGUGAAGCCCCAACACAAGGUAUCUUUUGAUAAUAGAAGAAACAACAAAUCAGACAGAAUGCUUUUUCUUGCUAUCUUCGCUGUUAUUGCAGCCUCUGCUAUAGCUGACCCUGAGACUCAGAGCUAUUCCUACUCCCCUCCUGCGGGGUCAGGGAGUGGCUCUCCGUUCAGUAUAAUUGGGGAGGGAAGAAUCACAGCUGUACGAGUGUGGGAGUCGUCCUACAUACGAGGCUUCCAGUUCUGCUACGGCUUCACCUGGUCUUCAGUUUCGGGUACGACAUCCGGCCAGCUACAGGAGAGGGAAUUGUCUGGCGGUGAAGCCAUCAUUCAGAUUUCUGGGAUGUACAGUUACUACGUGCAGUCAGUGGUGUUCGGGUCAAGUUGAUACAUCUGCUACUCACACUGAUCACUGACAAGUAGAGCUUGCCUGAGGAGAUGCUACCAUUUAACCAACAACUUGGCCAAACCUAUGUAUGAAAAUUAUGGUUUAUUUCAGAAUGUAAUUCGUCUGUUCUGCGGUGCAACAUUUUAACAUCACAAAUCUGCACAUUUGCACUUUUGCUUGCUGAAGUGCUGUUCUUUAUUUAGCUGGAAACAUAUUUUAUAGUUAAAUCUUUGUUCUGAUGAAUGUAUGGGUUGAGAGAACUUGACUAUUCCUACUUAAACACUUUCAAAUUAUUUCCAAACACAUAUGAGCAACAACACAAAUUUACAUUAUGUUGCUACUUAUGCUAAUUAAACAGCUGACAUGCUCAUAGCUUCUUGAUUUCUAUAUAUGUAUGAGCAUAUACAGUACGUGUAAUGAAGAAAAAUGAUUUCACAAACUCCUGCACCAUAUAAAAGCUUGAUGAAAUGUAACUUUAAUUGUUUUUCCGGCAUAGCAUUUGUACACAUCAUGCUCUUGUCAUUUUUUGAAAAAUGUACUAGUUGAUAAAAAAAGAACUCUGUAGCCUACAUGAAAGCUGCUGAUAUAUUGUGUUUUUCAAUACUCAUAGAUACACAUAGAGAAACAAACUCUAUAAUAAUAAUGACCUAUAGCGUAAUAUAACAAUAUUUUCAUAUCAAUUGACCAUCAACCAUCAAUAGAUUAUCACGGGAUAAUAAUAUGUCUGUUUAAUUGUAAGGGCAAAGUUGGCUACAGCAGUGUCUGAUACACUAUAAGGCGACACGUGUAAGUUGUAAAGAUAAUGCUAAUUUCUAACACCAGUCCUUGAUAGGCAUUUAUGGUUCAGAUGUUACAGUGUAAAAUCUUAAAAGAAGCACACUUAUCUUUACAGAUGAUCCAUUUGAUUUCUGAAAAAGCUAUAGUAGCUAAUGUUCACAACAUUAUAAAAGUUCGUUUUAGCAUGACUGCUAUCUAGCUACUUCAUGUUUAAUGACCAAUAUAUAUAUAUCUCUACUACCCCAGGCAUUGUCACAACAGGGAGCAGGGCACCCAAGAACCACUAAACAGAUUAUUGCUCUUCAGCAAAUAUUAGCAUGCUAACACGCUUAACAAAACUAGCAUGGUAAACAUUAUACCUUCUGAACAUUAGCAUGUUAGCAUUUCAUUCCUAACAUUUUAACAUGCUGACGUUGGCAUAAACUCAAAGCUCAUGUAGCUCAAAGCACCACUGCUUCAAAUUACAACUCAUUGUGCUAUUUAAAGCCGUUAGCAGUGAACAGUGACACAGAAAACAUAAUUUAAAUCCUAUUUAACUGCAAACACUCGCUACUCCAAAGAGCUCCUGUUUUCUUUUUUAUCAUACUCCUUUUGUUUCCAUCUUCUUCAUCAAACACUGUCAUGACACCUGUCACAUAAAUCCAAACCAGGGACCUUUAUCCUCCUUCAUCUGGCUCCAGCAGGGCUCUCUGUUAUCCUGUCGGUCCCUCUGCAGGGGACGAGGGUUUCCUCUCAGCCUCCUGGCCAGCCCUCUCUGACCCCUGUAUUAAGUUAGCUUUAAUUUGUUGUCCUUCCAUCUUUAUUUAUCAAGGCCAAGUUGCAUAGUCAAACAUUAACAUACAGCCUCUUUUCGGAAGGAAAUAUUAGUGGAUUACAUAGUAGUUUACCUUUCCUGGGCCAGAACCGAUUUGUGUGGCUGGCCUCUUUGUCGAGGUCAACAUUGUAGGAAGGCAAGAACCCUCUGCACUUGGAUCAAAACUGUAGCCUAUUAUCAUUCCUCAAGAGCCAUAUGUUGAGCUGUUACACAUUUUAGUAUGAUUAUUAUGAAUAUCUGACUCUUAUACACUGGGAUGUUGAUCAUGAGGGAAGUCUUAAAACAGGUUUAAUAAUCCUAAUUCUGGGAAUUGAAAAGAAAAGUGGUUUAAAGGUCAAAGAUGUAUUCGGGUAACAGUAACACAGGGGAAAAUCUGUUGUCUGGAGAUGCAAAAUGGAUGAAAGAGAAAGAUGAAAGGAAUAUGAAAAGGUUAGAAAAGUGUCAAAAUAACUAUACUUUCACGGGAAGACUAGGGGUAGAGGAAUGUGAGAAUUGGGUUAGGGAUAUAGCCAAAUAUCUGGAAUGUAACUACCAGAAACCUGCAGAUCCACUGCAACUCUUGUUCCCCUGUAAUUAUGUUGUCCUUUUUGUUUUCUGUUGUUUUUCUGUGUAACCAAUGUGCUGCAGGUCUACCUUGAAAAAGAUCGUUGAUCUCAAUGGGAUUUUACCUGGUUAAAUAAAGGCUACAAACAAACAAA